AUGGGUGGAGGGCGGGAGGACGACGACGACAAACAGGCUUGCGGCGAACGCGUUGGGCGAGGAGGUGCGAUGCGGAGGCGCUGGACGAAGAGGCUUGCUGCGGACGCGCGCGACAGGCAGAGCCGCCGCGGAUGCACGCGACAAGGGAGCCCGUGCGGUGAGCAGAUCGCGACCGUCGACGAGCAGAUCGCGUCCGUCGGCGAGCAGAUUGCGGCCGUCGGCGAGCAGAUCGCGACCGUCGGCGAGCAGAUCGCGACCGUCGGCCAGCAGAUCACGGCCGUCGAGCAGAUCGCGGCCGUCAACGAGCAGAUCGACGCCGUCGGCGAGCAGAUCAGGGACGUCGACGAGUGGAUCGCGGCCAUCGCGGCCGUCGAGCAGAUCGCGGCCGUUGACGAGGAAAUUGUGGCCGUUGACGAGGAAAUCGCGGCCGUCGCAAAGGUAGGUCGUGGAGAGGGCAAAUACGGUCCGCGGGAGGGCGGAUCUGGUCCGCAGGAGGGCGGAUCUGGUCCGCAGGAGGGCGGAUCUGGUCCGCGGGAGGGCGGAUCUGGUCCGCAGGAGGGCGGAUCUGGUCCGCAGGAGGGCGGAUCUGGUCCGCAGGAGGGCGGAUCUGGUCCGCAGGAGGGCGGAUCUGGUCCGCAGGAGGGCGGAUCUGGUCCGCAGGAGGGCGGAUCUGGUCCGCGGGAGGGCGGAUCUGGUCCGCGGGAGGGCGGAUCUGGUCCGCGGGAGGGCGGAUCUGGUCCGCAGGAGGGCGGAUCUGGUCUGCGGGAAGGCGGAUCUGGUCCGCAGGAGGACGGAUCUGGUCCGCGGGAGGGAGGAUAG